GGAGAUCAAAAGAAAGAUAUUUAAUGAUCAUUUCAUUUCUGAAUGAUGUUUGUAUCCAUGUGAUGUAUUUAAGAUUUAGAUGGUGUUUGUAAUCAGCAGGUUUUCACUCUGUUAUUGGGAGACAUGCUUCAUCUGAAACACACAAACAGGAGCUGUGGACAUCAGUGGAAAGAUGUCAGAGUAUGGGGGUUGCUAUGCAGGGAGAGCACCAGAGCUGUUAAGGGUUUGGUGCCUUGUUCAGCGGUGCCUCGGCAGUACUCAGCUACCAGGACAACUUCCACUUUGGUCCGCACCGGGAGCUGAACCAACGACCCUUCCACCCCAAUCCAAGUCUGUACAGACUGAGAUACAGCCACAAAGUGUCUUUCAGUGAAUCAAUAUAACAAAAUGACUAAAAACAAAGAGCUGUGGAGGUCAGCGACACGUGUUGACUUUGAUCAGACCAUCCUUUGUUUGUCAAACUCUUACAACACAGCUGACAAACAUCUCUGAUCUUUGGAUGCUCAUGUUUGAUUUGGAGCUCUGUUGAAGGUUAAAAGAGGAAUGUCCUGUUCUUCUUCUGUUUGUCUGCAGUGUGCAUGAAGCUGAGGCAGCAGAGUCCAGAUGUUCGACGGCCCCCCCUUCACGCCAUGACCUACGAUAGGCGACGCUGUCGGGGGAAAUCAAAUGUCCCCAUGUGCUCAGACGAUGACUGGGUUUCCAAAUGCCCCUCCGGCUGCAGACUCCAGGCUUUCAUCUCGCAGAUGGAGAGCCAGGUGGAGAGAAAGCUGAGGACGGUGUGCAAGACGGCAAAGAUGUAUGAAGAUGCAGCUGAGAAGUCCAUGAAGGCGAUGACACACAUCUACAGCCACAACCGGAGAGUCAUCAUCAACAAAUACAUGUCAGAACUGAAGUUUGUCGAACACACCGAAGGAUUAGCCAGAAACUUCUCCUUGCUGCUGAAAAAAUCUUCAAGGCUGUCAAAGCAACUGGAGGAGCUGAACCACAAAGUCAAGGAACAACUCGAUGAGAUGUACCGAACAGAGGUUGACAUUGACAUGACGCUCCGAGCCUGCCAGGGGUCCUGCCAUGUGGUCGUACCAUUCAGUGUUAGUCAUCAUAGUUAUGAAACGCUUCAAGCUGACAUGGAACAAAUGGCUUUCCACCAGAAAAGGAAAGCGGCCAUACCUCCUCAGGACCUUCCACAUGUCAAACUGCAGCCUGUAGAUGUGGGCCAAGUUUCAUCAGGAGAGUAUAAGAGCAUACCCACAGUCCAAAGAGAACUGCUCACCCAGUUUGAGGACAUUGGACAGAACCAGAUUCUUCUGGAGCAGCUGCUGGAGGAGUCUACAGCUGUGGACGCUGACACUCCUUCAGAGCUGGAAUGAAGAGUUCAACUGAAGGACCAAGACCAAGAGGAAGACAUAUCUGACCUCAGACCCACACAGACAUGAUGGCUUCUGGGGGUUUUGUGGGACUUUUCAGUUCAAUGUUUGGUUUGGAUAGAAACCACAUUUGUAUUUCUGUUUGAACAAACAGGCUUUCUUGGAAUUUAUCUUUGGAGCUGGACACUUCAAAUGUUCAACUCUGAGUAGUCUUGGGAAACACUUUUUUAGGUUCUUACUGAAACUGUUUUUAAUGUCAUGCUCUCUGACUGUUUAUCUGUCUUAGUGUGUGAUGAUUGUAUUUGUCUGUUUACCCUUAAACUAUUUAUGAAUCAAGGUCUUUAAUCUUAAUGACUUGAUCAUAUAUGAUGACGGCUGUUUCAGAUUAGAAAUAUAUAAACCAAUAACGCACACUCCUUUCUCUCCUGCUGUAUUAUUUAUAACAUCUCCAUCUUUCCUCUCACUUUAUAUCACACCCACAUUUAUCUCUGUCGUUUGUUAUUCUAUAUAAACCAA